CUCCUCAAGCUGCACUUUGCCCUGCAGCCGAGCAACAGGUAAACACGGAAGUAACGCACUUGCUUGCCAACAAAAUACAUUUUUUUUAAAAAGUCAACAAUUUGACCGUUAAAACAUCUAUUCAAUGCCAUGAUUUUGUCCAUAAAUACACACAUAUUUAACUUAUUUAGUGAGGUCGUUAUUGCGCGUUAAAGUUUACAGGACAAUGUAUAAUAAAGCGUCUGGAUAUCAGUCUCUACCGCAACGAGAUUUGCUCACUGCCAAACCGGGGUUGUUCGUGGCGACAGAAAGCUUCGUCCAAUCUCCAUUCCACCGUCAUAAAGGACAUUCGUUUGACUACAUCCCCAAUGUUAGAGACAACGACUACAGUGACUCCACUCAGGGAUGGCUGUCCUGGAUCUGCAAUGUUAUUGUCUGCUUCAUGGUCUACAUCUGCACCUUCAUAACCUUCCCCAUAUCAGGCUGGUUCGUACUGAAGGUUGUCCCUAACUACCAGCGCAUCGUAGUGUUUCGUCUGGGCAGAGUACGUCCUCCUAAAGGGCCAGGAGUGGUGUUGCUUCUGCCUCUUAUUGACCAAUGGCAGAGAGUUGACCUACGAACCCGGGCCUUCAACAUCCCUCCAUGCCAGGUUACUACCAGGGACGGAGGUGUGGUGUCUGUAGGGGCAGAUAUCCAGUUCCGUAUCUGGAGCCCGGUGAUGUCAGUGGUGUCGGUUCAGGAUCUUAACGCCUCCACACGCCUCACUGCCCACAACGCCAUGACAACCAGCCUGGGCAGGAAGAGCGUCAGGGAGAUUCAGACUGAGAGAAUCAAACUGGGAGAAUACCUUGGGAUGGACAUCAAUGAGAUGACCAAGCCCUGGGGUCUGGAGGUAGACAGGGUGGAGCUGACUGUAGGUGCUGUCCUGAAGCACCCAGAGGACCAUUCAUCUGGGCCUGGCUCGGUCAUCCUACCCCCCUCUAUUCCUGGUCUCGAGGGCCUGGCCGAACCCAUACAACAACUGGCUAUGCACUUCCUGGGCAAUAUGGCUGGCAAUGGAGCUCCCCUGGUUAGGACAGAGGACAGCAUCAGCUUCUCAGACGAGGUGAGCAGUGCUCCCCUGGCUAUAAGUCGUACGGGAGCCAGGGAUGAAGCUGUAACCAGGCCCAUGUCAGUGCUGGAACUGUACGAGGGCCUUCUCCUCUCAGAGUCUCUGGUCAGUCAGGUGGGAGCCUGCUUCCUGUUCCUCCUCCAAUCGCCUGACGGACAACAGACAAGCUAUUACGUAGACCUCAGCCAAGGUAGUGGCUCAGCCGGACCAGGGUCCCCUCCAGAGGGCCAGGUACCAGACGUCACCCUCAGUAUGACGGACCAGGACCUGCUGGCUAUGUUCGAGGGAACCCUACGACCCUUCGCAGCCUACGCCACUGGGCGACUCAAGGUCCAGGGAGACCUGAAGACUGCCAUGAAGCUGGAGGAAGUUAUCAAGCUACUCCGACCUUAAGCACUGACUUCAGACCUGUCCUUAUAGCAGUACCAGGUCCUAGAAAUACAUGGUUCUGACCUUAACCACUGGCUUCAGACCUGUCCUUAUAUAAAUACCAGGUCCUAGAAAUACAUGGUUCUGACCUUAACCACUGGCUUCAGACCUGUCCUUAUAUAAAUACCAGGUCCUAGAAAUACAUGGUUCUGACCUUAACCACUGACUUCAGACCUGUCCUUAUACAAGUACCAGGUCCUAGAAAUACAUGGUUCUGACCUUAACCACUGACUUCAGACCUGUCCUUAUACAAGUACCAGGUCCUAGAAAUACAUGGUUCUGACCUUAACCACUGACUUCAGACCUGUCCUUAUACAAGUACCAGGUCCUAGAAAUACAUGGUCACUAAUAACAGUUCAUAUAGACCCAUCUCUUUGAUGUUGACAAGCAUGUCAAUCUCUCAUGGCUCAAAGUGGAAGAGAGAUUUGACUUCCUCAUUACGUGUUUUUGUAUGAAGUGUUGACAAGCUGAAGGUACCGAGCUGUCUGUUUAAAGUACUGGCACACAGCACGGAUAAAAAUACAUACCCCACAAGACAUGCCACCAGAGGUCUCUUCACAGUCCCCAAGUCCAGAACAGACUACGGGAGGUGCACAGUACUACAUAGAGCCAUGACUACAUGGAACUCUAUUCCACAGUACUACAUAGAGCCAUGACUACAUGGAACUCUAUUCCACAGUACUACAUAGAGCCAUGACUACAUGGAACUCUAUUCCACAGUACUACAUAGAGCCAUGACUACAUGGAACUCUAUUCCACAGUACUACAUAGAGCCAUGACUACAUGGAACUCUAUUCCACAGUACUACAUAGAGACAUGACUACAUGGAACUCUAUUCCACAGUACAUAGAGCCAUGACUACAUGGAACUCUAUUCCACAGUACUACAUAGAGCCAUGACUACAUGGAACUCUAUUCCACAGUACUACAUAGAGCCAUGACUACAUGGAACUCUAUUCCACAGUACUACAUAGAGCCAUGACUACUUGGAACUCUAUUCCACAGUACUACAUAGAGCCAUGACUACAUGGAACUCUAUUCCACAGUACUACAUAGAGCCAUGACUACAUGGAACUCUAUUCCACAGUACUACAUAGAGCCAUGACUACAUGGAACUCUAUUCCACAGUACUACAUAGAGCCAUGACUACAUGGAACUCUAUUCCACAGUACUACAUAGAGCCAUGACUACAUGGAACUCUAUUCCACAGUUACUACAUAGAGCCAUGACUACAUGGAACUCUAUUCCACAGUACUACAUAGAGCCAUGACUACAUGGAACUCUAUUCCACAGUACUACAUAGAGCCAUGACUACAUGGAACUCUAUUCCACAGUACUACAUAGAGCCAUGACUACAUGGAACUCUAUUCCACAGUACUACAUAGAGCCAUGACUACAUGGAACUCUAUUCCACAGUACUACAUAGAGCCAUGACUACAUGGAACUCUAUUCCACAGUACUACAUAGAGCCAUGACUACAUGGAACUCUAUUCCACAGUACUACAUAGAGCCAUGACUACAUGGAACUCUAUUCCA